UCCGUAUCUGCCUACGUGACUUCAACACGGGUUUACUUUGAAUCCCACAGAAUAAACGGCAAGAACUCGUCCAUUUCCAUUUGGUGAUGUACUUGAUGGGUUGGAAGUUGUUGCCCGAUGAACUGGACCCAAUCUUAUUGCAGGGGUCGUAAACAGCUCCCCUCCAUCCAUCCAUCCCACGUUUCCACCCCACUCACACUACCCCGCUACCCCUCCAUCUCCAUCCUCGGGAACCCGCUCCAUCGUCUAAACAACGUCUUCAACUUUAGAUAUCACACCUCACCUUCAGACGACAAACGCAAAAAUGGCAGAAGUCGACCUCCAAGCAGUACACGACACACUCGUGUCCGUCGCCUUCGAGGCGGGGCGCAUGAUCCUGGCCGCCAACCCGAACAAGAUCUCAACCGACACCAAGAUGAACGCCGUCGACAUCGUAACGGAAACCGACCAAGCCGUCGAGCGGAUGGUGACGGCGCGGCUGCGCGCCGCACACCCGGAGCUCGCCUUCGUCGGCGAGGAGACCUACGAGGCCGGCGUGACCAAGGUCACCGACGCGCCCACCUUCAUCGUCGACCCCAUCGACGGCACCACCAACUUCGUGCACGGCUUCCCCAACGCCUGCAUCUCGCUCGGCGUCACCGUCGCCCGCGUCCCCGCCGUGGGGGUUGUCUAUAACCCGUUCCAGGACCUGCUUUUUACCGGCCUGAGGGGCAAGGGGAGUUAUAUGCAGCGGAAUGCGUCGCUCGAGGUGGGGAAGGGGCAGGGCGAGAGGUUGAAGCUGCCGCUGGCGGGGGAGCCGGCGCCCGCGCUGGGCGGGUUGAGCUCGGCGCUGAUGUCGAUUGAGUGGGGGAGUCAGCGGGACGGGGAGAAUUUCGAGGUCAAGGCGCGGACGUUCCGGAAGCUGGCUGCCGCGAAGGAGGGCGGCGGCGGCAUGAUUGGCGGGAUGCGGUCGCUCGGCAGCGCCGCGCUGAACCUGUGCGCCUGCGCCGCCGGCCAGCUGGAUAUGUACUGGGAGGGCGGCUGCUACGCGUGGGACGUGGCUGCCGGCUGGUGCAUCCUGACCGAGGCCGGCGGCCGCAUGGUGAGCGGGAACCCUGGGGAGUGGGAGACUGCCGUCGACUCGCGCGUGUACCUGGCGGUCCGCGGCGCCAGUAGUGGACAGACGGAGCUCGUGGAGGAGUUGUGGAACAUCAUCGGUGAUGGUAAGAUGGAGUACAAGCACAUCAACCGCGGAAUCCGGGAGCUCGAAAGACCCCGCAGUCGUCCAUCCCAGGCCGCCCUGCAGCUUGUUGAUUUUAUUGCUGGACUGUCGCGGUACUGUCGCUGUACUGUCGCUGUAUUGCAACCUGGAUAUGUACACCGCGGAUACGAUAAUAAACCGAGUCGGCUGCCCACGAAACGGUCCACACCUUUCUGUGUCGAUAAGCCCUGAGGGUGUUAGACCUGUACCGAGUGCUGUAAACACGUCGUGCCCUCGUUAUCUCGGUCUUCGAAGAGCAAGAACAACAAAAGCGAAAAUGACUCUCGGGAUCAAUCUUUCGGGGGGCUUCGCUGAACCCCCGGUUAUCUACUCUGAAGUCAAUGGUCAGACGAGCUCGUCCGUGAUGUGCAGCGUUUUGCAGCCUGCAGAAGCAACAGUCGCAGUCAGUCUCAAGUACCUCACAGACAACCCAUGGACGCCGGAGUUAUUGUCUCACCGGCUUCCCGGGUAGUAUGGGAUUGCAGAGGUUCCAUUCUCGGCCAAAGAAACCGCAUCCUUCCUGGCCGGAUUCUGGCAUUUCUCUCCAAGUCUUCGAUUCCGCAACCACCAUUCCUCCUUUCUACAUUUCAAAGACCGGGUGGCGCACCCGAGGUGAAACACCC